AUGACAGUGCUGUGGGCGGCGCUGGUCGGCCUGUCGUGGGUGGGCGCCGGCUUCUUGAUGAGCUCCGCCUACGACGCCUACCUGCUAGAGCCCACCAAGUUCGCCGUGGACACCGCCUACCUCGACUGGGACACAGUUUUCCCGGCCGUGACAAUCUGCGAAAGGAGGAACAAGUCCAGGCUCACUGAGUACACCAAACGCUGGCAAAUUGACCUGCUGCUGGAGACGCUGGCCUACGACUCUCCAAGCGACCUGGCGCCCUCCUUCUGCCGCCGCGCCAGCUGUCCCACGGAUAACUUCUCCACCAUCGUUGCACAGAUACACAGGCCUUGCGAGGAGCUGCUGUCCCGGUGCUGGUGGAACGGCGAGCCCUUUGCCUGCUGCCAGCACGCGCCGCCCCUCAGAACAGAGGUGGGCUCCUGCUUCGCCAUCAACAGCGCCCAGACGGACGGGAAUGAGUCCGAUAGAAGAAAAUUAACAUGUAAUCGCACGACGGGGCGCGGAUCAUUGAAGGUCGAAGUAAAAACUGAAGUUAUAAUGUUCGUGCACCCUCGGGACGAGGUGCCGCACCUGACGACGACGAUGGCGCGCGCGGUGGUGCCGGCCCGCGGCGUGCGCCACCUUCACAUGGUGCGGGUGCGCGAGGCGCGCUUCGAGCCGGCCGUGGGUAGGAUGGGCGCGGCGCGGCGCGGCUGCCGCCUGCCCGGCGAACUCGCUGACUGGCCGCCGGCGCUGUACCCCGUCUACUCGCGGGGCGCCUGCGUCGCCAGCUGCCGCGCGCACCGCCUGUUCCAACUCUGCAACUGCACGCCGCCGCUCACGCCCCGGCUCCCAGCGUAUUACAGAGUCUCUGUAUUAAUAAAUUAUGCUGCGGCAUGUGAGGUCACAGUUACUGCAUCUCAGUCGAUAAAAGAUGCGGGCUACCCACUGGACAGGUACGGCGAGCCGGCUGGUGACGCGGUGUGCGGUGGUGUCGUGUCGCCAGGUGCGGAGGAGUGCGACCUGGCGGGCCUGGGCUGCCUGCGCCGGAGCGCCGGCCAGUGGCUGCGGCAGGCGCCGCGCUGGGCGCCUCCCGGCCGCGGCCUCCACUGCGACUGCCCGCUCGCCUGCCUCGACGCCGAAGUCGACACCGUCCACCAGCGCGCUGACAGCAUUGCGAGUCACACAUCAUUCUACGAGUUGCGGCUUAACCAGUUGCCCACGGAACGGGACUUCAGGUUCGUCGCUAACGACGGACUCAGCCUUGUGGUGUCCAUCGGCGGCGCGGCGGGCCUGUUCGCGGGCGCCAGCCUGCUGAGCUUCGUGGAGCUGCCCUACUACCUGUGCCUCAGAACUCGCUGCUGCGCCGCACGCCACAGCCGGCCGCCUCGGCCGACCGGACGUAUGCCGUUCCUGCCGUAGCCAGGCGUCACGCAGCAAGUUCUGCAUGCGGCUGUCCGUCCUAGUGUUAGCCCACUCUCAUAACGUAGAGCUGUUGCCUACCUAGAGCAACUCUCCUGUGCUGCACGGCAAUUGAAUUCAGUGGACGCUACGCAAGUGCUUCCUA